CGAAGAACACAAAAAAAAUCACACACAAUAAAACAAGACCAGCGCAGAGAGAUAACAGGUGAUAGCAAACGGUUUGUAGUCCUGUACGGCUGGUGAUAGGACGACGCUUCAGGAAGCCAGUUGAAGCGGCACUUUCAAUCAGUUCAGUGGGAAAAAAUUGGCGCAGGUCGAUUGAAAAGAAGAAAAGAAUAAUGCUUUGUGGAAUUGGCUAAAUGUCCAAAAAAGUGAUUUUAUUUAAUUUUCAAGUUAUUUGUGGGAGUUUUUAGACUGGAUUACAAAGAUCAGUGUGCCGACUAAUUAAUUUCAUUACCUCCUGAACGUGAUGUGCGAAAUAUAAUAUAAUCUUAUCUCGAAGAAUGUGGAUAAUCCCAAAGUGUCUGCUGAACGGUCAAAUUCCGCAGUGUGUUCCACGUUGAACAAAUAACGCUCAGAAACUCUAUAUCCAGCUCGCGUGAUGCAAUACCUGCGGGAACGACUUUCGUUAAACCUCACAGUAAAUCAACCAGCAGCCAGUUCCGAAGAAGCACGGGUUCCCGAGCCGCAAGAUGAUCCACCAGAGCGUCCGGCCAGGAAAGUCCGCGAUGUACAAAACUCUCCAACGUACUCGCAUUUUUCGGAAGUUUCAGAAAAGGAGGUAACAUCCACGUACGCCACUCCCUACCAAAGCCCUGUUGCGUCGGAAAAGUGGUCCGAACACAAUCGGUCAAAUGUUCCAGCUCAUCAACUGGUUGUGCAACUCCAGAACCCUAGCCCAUCGCGACCAGUCUACGUUAUAGACCACGGUCAGUUCGGCGGUUAUCACCAUCCAGCUCCCGUCCAAGGAGGAUACGCGAAUCACGCUUACACGACUGAUGGCGGAACGCCAAACUCCACUAUCCAAGCAUAUCCCAAACAAACGCAACCGCCACCCGUCGUUCGUGAACAGUAUUGGACCUGGUCCUGCAAGUGCCGACAUUACACCAGCCGGGAAAAGGUUCUUUUACUGGUUAUAUGCUUCCUAUUAUUAGUCAUCGGUGGCCUGUCGGCUUACGUGGCCAUCAUCUCCGACAACGGCAACCCACUGCAAGGCGGACUGCUAACACCUGGAGGACUGUCCCAGAUGACGAUACACUGAGCAUCCCUGGAAUCGCUUCAUCAUCAGUAAAUGAACUUGUAUAUUUUAUCAAAUGUACAAUUGUAAAAAGGUGUUAGAAUAUUUUUAUAUACUUUUACAAAUAGACAAAUAAAUCAAUCCAUAUGGUCAGAUGUUCCUUCCACUUCAUGGAGUGAGAUUUAAUGAUAAAAGCAAUAAAUAUUUACAGCUUGGUUACAAAAA